AUGGAAGCUAUAGAGACUGUAGAGCUUGAACACGCGAACCUGGCGCAGCAUCAGUCCAGCAUCGUGCAGCAGAUGCGCAACUUUUGGAUGGAAAAUCAUCUCUGUGACGUUGUACUGAAGGGCAACGAUGGUGUUGAGCACUGCGCCCACACAGCCCUGCUGUCUGCAGCCAGCGUGGUUUUUAGGAAUCUUCUGGGUGGAUCGUUUCUGGAAGCGAACCAGGUACAGCGAAAGCAGCCAGUGGAAAUCCCGGCUUCCAAGGCAUCAGUGUCCGCCUUGCUUGACUACAUCUAUGGUGGUCAGCCUAAAAUCGACCUGGAAACUGGCCUUGAACUUCUACACCUGGCGGAGGCUUAUGACUUGCCAAAGUUGGCUCGUGCUAUCGAGGCUGGCCUGCUUCUCUCCUUGGAUGGUGUGAAAGCCUUGCGAGUUCUACAAGAGGCGCAUGGCCUCCAUGGUUUGAAAGCCACAUGCGAGGAGAAAGUUGCGGAGUCGUUUGAGACUUGCAGCCAGCAUCCCGACUUCGGGAAGAUAAGUGCCAUUCAGUUGGCUAGAAUUUUGAAAAGAGAAGAUCUAAAGGUGUCCAGGGAGGAGGUUGUGUUCAAGGGCAUCUUCAACUGGUUCAGCUUCUCCAAAGAGAGGCAUGGCUUGUUGGGCAUGCUGCUGCAGCAUGUGGACUUCGAAUCGUUCUCUGCUGAUAACUUGCUUCGAGUCGGCCGCUUCACUCUAUCCGGCCCAGCUGCCGAGGAACUGCACCGAAACGUUGAUGAAGCUUUGCAGCGGCAACGGAAGCGAGCGCAAAGUACCCCAAAUUCACUUGACUUUCAGCCGAAGAGGCGGUGUCUCAAGCAUUGGUCCCCGGGUUUGGGUGCCAGUGCUGCAGCUUGCUGGCGCAAAGUGUUGCCCAUACAAUGCCACUCCUUGUCCUGGCACCGAGGUCACAUCUAUGCCACUGACUUUGAAGGUAACGUCCUUUGUUGGCACCCUGGUGAUCCAGCGACCAGCGUACGAAAGGUUGUGGGUGGGGGCGUAGGAACAACAGGAACCAAUGACAUGGGGUCUUCUUGUGACGUUUCUGUCUCUCCCAGUGGGGAGAUCUUCGUCCUGGAUUUCGAGAAAGAUAGACUUGUUCGAUUCCAAGACGGAUGCGGACAUUUGGUCUGUGGCGAUCUUUCCACUCCUAGAUGUCUGUCCUGCUCGCCUAGCGGAGUGCUCUAUUGGGUGGUGGAGGAACACAAUGAGGGGCGGAGUCAAGUGUGGAAGUUGGUGGGCUCGACGCUCCAGACGGUGAUUGCCUCUGAGAGUCUUCCGGAAGACCUGCAGUUUAGGGCGACGGCAAUUUUUGUAACCAAGGAUGAGGUGAUCUAUAUCUUUGAUUGUCUGUUCCAGCAAAGGCGGAUUCUACGCAUCAAUCCAUCUGAGUCGCUGAAACCUAUUGUGGUAGGACAAAUCCCGCUAUACACAGGCGGCGGUGUUGCCGGUGUGCUUCGGAAUCUUUGGAACCUCUUCGUAACCGAAGAUGACACCAUCUAUGUUUCAGAUCAUGAUGCUGGGAAGGUGUUUGCUGUCCGUCCAGGAGACACAACUUGCAGCCAAACCUUUCAGUGUCCGGACUCAUUGUUCCCUGUGGCGCUUCUGGUUCAGGACAGAUCGCUGUACGUCGGUGUUGUGGAUGAUUAUGACGCACCGGACGUCGUGGGCGUGUACGAACACUUGCCGCCCCCAGAACUUCAGCUGGAGUGA